UUUUGGCAGCAACCCCUCGGGGCAAGGGGAAGCUGAUAUCAUAAUUAUUGGCUCACCCAGCAGCUGCCUCCCCUCACCUGAUGUCAGCGCAGACCCAGGACAAUCAGGCUGACGGACUGACAGACGGUCGGAGCUCCUGGCCCCCCAGACCCAGGCCCCCACGCCGACCUGCUUCACUGAGCAGGCCAGGACUGGGUGAUGGUGUCACUACUCCCUCCGCAAUCUGACGUCACACUUCCAGGCUCCACCCGACUGGAGGGCGAACCCCAAGGGGACCUCAUGCAGGCUCCGGGCCUCCCAGGCUCCCCUGCCCCACAGAACAAGCAUGCCAACUUCAGCUGCCCGUCGUUUGUGCCUGAUGGCCCUCCAGAGAGGACACCCUCACUGCCCCCCCACAGCCCAAGCAUUGCAUCUCCAGACCCAGAGCAGAUACAAGGCCACUGCACUGCCGGACCUGGCCCAGGCUCCUUCCGCCUUUCUCCCUCAGACAAGUAUCCCAGCUUUGGCUUUGAGGAGGGCCCAGCAGGCAGCCCAGGGCGCUUCCUCAAAGGCAACCACCUGCCUUUCCACCCCUACAAGAGGCACUUCCAAGAGGACAUCUUCUCUGAGGCCCAGACGGCCAUGGCACUUGAUGGACACUCCUUUAAGACUCAGGGGGCACUGGAAGCCUUUGAGGAGAUCCCUGUGGAUGUGGGGGACGCUGAGGCCUUCCUGCCUAGCUUCCCAGCAGAGGCUUGGUGCAAUGGACUCCCUUACCCCAACCAGGAACACAACCAAAUUCUGGGGUCAGAGGUCAAGGUCAAGCCACAAGCUCUGGACAGUGGUCCUGGGAUGUACUGCUACCAGCCUCCCUUGCAGCACAUAUACUGUUCUUCUCAGCCUGCUUUCCAUCAGUACUCCCCAGGUGGAGGCAGCUACCCUGUGCCCUACUUGGGCUCGGCUCACUAUCCCUAUCAGAGGAUUGCACCCCAGGCCAACGCUGACGGUCACCAGCCACUCUUCCCAAAGCCCAUCUACUCCUACAGCAUCCUCAUCUUCAUGGCCCUUAAGAACAGUAAGACCGGAAGCCUUCCAGUCAGUGAAAUCUACAAUUUCAUGACAGAGCACUUCCCUUAUUUCAAGACUGCACCUGAUGGCUGGAAGAAUUCUGUUCGCCAUAACCUGUCUCUCAACAAGUGCUUUGAGAAGGUGGAGAAUAAAUCUGGAAGUUCCUCUCGAAAAGGCUGUCUGUGGGCCCUCAAUCCUUCCAAAAUCGACAAGAUGCAGGAAGAGCUACAGAAGUGGAAGAGGAAAGACCCCAUUGCUGUGCGCAAAAGCAUGGCCAAACCAGAAGAGCUGGACAGCCUCAUUGGAGACAAAAGGGAGAAACUGGGCUCUCCGAUGCUGGGCUGUCCACCCCCUGGGCUGGCAGGCCCAGGACCCAACCGGCCCCUGGCACCUUCAGCUGGUCUUUCCCAGCCUCUGCACCCAAUGCAUCCAGCUCCAGGCCCCAUGCCUGGAAAGAACCCCCUGCAGGACCUACUGGGUGGUCAUGCACCCUCCUGCUAUGGGCAGACCUAUCCACACCUUUCUCCCAGCCUGGCCCCUUCUGGACACCAGCAGCCAUUGUUCCCACAGCCGGAUGGGCAUCUUGAGCUGCAGGCCCAGCCAGGCACUCCCCAGGACUCACCUCUACCUGCCCACACACCACCCAGCCACGGUGCCAAGCUGCUGGCUGAGCCUUCCUCAGCCAGGACCAUGCAUGAUUCUCUACUGCCAGAUGGAGACCUUGGUACUGACCUGGACGCUAUCAACCCCUCUCUCACCGACUUUGACUUCCAGGGAAAUCUAUGGGAGCAACUGAAGGAUGACAGCUUGGCCCUGGACCCCCUCGUGCUGGUGGCCUCGUCCCCGACAUCAUCCUCCAUGUUGCCACCGCCACCAGCCACCCACUGCUUCCCCCCAGGGCCUUGUCUGGCAGAAACAGGCAAUGAGGCAGGUGAACUGGCACCUCCAGGCAGCAGCGGUUCCGGUGCUCUGGGAGACAUGCACCUCAGCACCCUCUACUCGGCCUUUGUGGAACUGGAACCCACGCCCUCCUCAGCAGCUGCCAGCCCUGCUGUGUACCUCAGUCCCGGCUCGAAGCCAAUGGCUCUGGCUUGA